AAAAAAAUGGCAACUUAAGGAACUACAACGCAUGCGCGCGGUCUGUCAAAAAUAUUUCUAUCAAAACGUUUGUCAGCGGCUUUACGUGUUUUUAUUAAUAAAAAUAGUAUUUUUUGUAAAUAUUCAAUAAGUGAUUAGAGUGAUAAUUUUAUUUUAAAGUGUUCUUUAUAAGACUGAUAAAUAAAAUUGUGUGAAAAUGCCUAAAGAUGUGACCUUAGUUGGUUUAGACGCGAUCCUUAAGGAGUUGGGUUCUUUUGGGAGGUAUACUAUUAUAAACUAUGCGUUUCUAUUGUUUCCGUGCUUCUUGGCGGGAAUGUACGGUGCAGUGUACGUAUUUGAAGCCAAAGAUAUUGAUUACAGAUGUGAAGUCAAACAAUGCGAAGGUAUGAACACAAGCUUAUGGCUAGAAUACGCGAUACCUAAGGAAAAGGGGAAAUAUUCAAAAUGUUUUCAAUAUGCGUUUAAGGAUACUGGUGGCAACGGUGCUUGUACAGCUGAAAAUUUUGAUUCAAAUUCAAAAGUGAAAUGUUCCUCCUACGUGUACAGUGAUGAUGAUUCGGUUGUGAGAGACUUCGACCUCGGUUGCCAAAAUUGGAAGAGAACUUUAGUAGGGACGAUCCAUAAUUCCGGCUUCUUCCUCGCCCUUCCAAUGACGGGAAUAAUUUCAGAUAGAUUCGGACGGAAAAAGGCCCUGUCCUUUGCGGCCCUCAUGAACUGCAUAUUUGGAUUGACAAGAUCAUUUUCUACCAAUUACGUGAUGUUUGUGAUUUUCGAGUUCAUGGAGGCAGGGUUUGGAGCCGGCGCUUAUACGACUGCCUUCGUUUUUGCUAUGGAACUCGUGGGACCUCAAGGCAGAGUGUUUGGUAACACAAUCAUAAACGUAUUUUAUGUGUUUGGUUUAAUGUCACUCUCUGGAUUAUCCUGGAUACUGCAGGACUGGCGGAAACUUCUCAGAAUGAUAUACGCGCCAUCCUGCUUAAUAUUCAGCUACAUGUGGAUCUUAAAUGAAAGUGUCAGAUGGCUGCUCCAGAAAGGUCGACAUGAUAAAGCCAUAGGUGUCAUCAAAAAAGCAGCCAAAAUGAAUAAAGUUCAAAUAUCAGAUCAAGCUCUAGCCCCUCUUCAAGAGAUGCAAUCUAAACCGACAGAAAGAAAGGACGAGCUGGUCAAUCAACCAAAGAAAUCACUAUUUCUACAAGUCAUAGGAUCAAGUAUUAUUAGAAGGAGAUUAUUGACGUGUUCCUUUUUAUGGAUCACCUGUACGUUUGUGUAUUAUGGCCUGUCAAUUAACUCAGUAUCGCUGGCAGGGAAUCAAUAUAUCAACUUUAUGCUCGUGGCCUUCAUUGAAAUUCCAGCCAACUUUACGUGUGUCGUUGUUCUGGAUAAAUUUGGAAGAAAGAAGGUCUUAAUUAUAGUUUACAUUCUAAGUGCUAUACUUUGUAUCGGCUUAUCAUUCCUACCUAAAGAUCAAAGGUGGUGGUCUUUGGUGGUCUACUUGGCUGGGAAGUACUCCAUCACGGUGGCCUACAGUACCGUCUACGUUUAUGUAUCUGAAGUCUUCCCUACCAAUGUGAGACAGUCGCUCCUAGGCGCCUGUUCUUGUGCCGGAAGGGUCGGAUCAACAUUAGCGCCUUUGACUCCGUUGUUGGCUUUGUACUACGAAAACUUGCCAUCAAUAUUUUUCGGCACGAUGGCCAUCAUCGCUGGUCUUUUAGUCUUCACAAUGCCAGAGACUAUCAACAUACCUCUACCGGACUCCAUCGAAGAAGCUGAGCGUUUAACAAAAACCAAACGUCGGAAAAACGAUUCUUAAUUUAAAAAAGGUUGUGUUUCUAGCGAAAACCCAUU